UCGCCACGCUCGACAACGUGCCGGCAUUGCAAUAAAAACAAUUUUCAAAAACAUUCACGCGUCCACGGGAACCGUCCUCAGUUUUUUAUCUUAAUAAACAGUUGGACAGUAUUACAUAAUAGCCGCAUAGUAUUUUUCUAUACGUUUUAACAAUACAAGUAUUAUCGUGUGUAGUAUAAUGAUCACUUUGUGCUAGUGCAGUGGAAUGGAUUGCAUUUGUUAGUUCUACAACAGUUGUAUAAUGUCGAAGACUUUGAACGCCUACAGAAUAAAGAAGAUCGAAUCCCUAGGCAGGAUGACGGCGAUGACGCAGGAGGAAAUGGUGGCGGGCGCGCGCACAGUCGCGGCGGGCCUGGAGGCGCUGCGGGCCGAGCACGCGCAGCUGCUGGCCGGCCUGGCUGCCAACACCGACCAUGAACACGAGAAGGCGGCGUUAGUCAGGAAGAGCAUCGAUGCUAUUGAACUCGGGCUUGGAGAGGCACAGGUAAUGAUGGCCCUAGCCUCCCACUUACAAUCAGUGGAGGCCGAGAAACAGAAGCUCCGCACGCAGGUGCGCCGCCUGUGCCAGGAGAACGCGUGGCUGCGCGACGAGCUGGCGGCCGCGCAGCAGCACCUGCAGGCCUCCGAGCAGCGGGUCGCGCAGCUCGAGGAGGAGAACAAGCAUCUCGACUUCAUGGCCUCUAUACGCAAGUACGACAGCGACAUGACGGAGGAGUCAGACACAAACCGCAGCGGACAGAGCGAGAAGAAGCGCGACGAUCCCAUGGUCGACCUGUUCCCGGACGACGACCACGAUGACAACAGAAACAACAAAUCCAUGUCCCCGACGCCGCCGCUGCACUUCGCGCAGCAGGUGAACGCGGGCUACGAGAUCCCGGCGCGGCUGCGCACGCUGCACAACCUGGUGAUCCAGUACGCGUCGCAGGGCCGCUACGAGGUGGCCGUGCCGCUCUGCAAGCAGGCGCUCGAGGACCUGGAGAAGACCUCCGGACACGACCACCCCGAUGUGGCCACCAUGCUCAACAUACUGGCGCUCGUCUACAGAGACCAGAACAAAUACAAAGAGGCUGCAAACCUGCUGAACGACGCGCUCUCCAUCCGCGAGAAGACGCUCGGCGAGAACCACCCCGCCGUCGCCGCCACGCUCAACAACCUGGCUGUGCUGUUCGGCAAGCGAGGCAAGUACCGCGAGGCGGAGCCGCUGUGCAAGCGCGCGCUGUGCAUCCGCGAGGCCGUGCUGGGCCGCGACCACCCCGACGUGGCCAAGCAGCUCAACAACCUGGCGCUGCUGUGCCAGAACCAGAACAAGUACGAGGAGGUCGAGCAGUACUACCAGCGCGCGCUGGAGAUCUACGAGAGCAAGCUCGGGCCCGACGACCCCAACGUGGCCAAAACCAAGAACAACCUCGCCUCUUGCUAUCUCAAACAGGGCAAGUACAAGGAAGCAGAGACACUAUACAAGCAAGUGCUGACUCGGGCACACGAGAGGGAAUUCGGAACUAUUGACGGCGACAACAAGCCGAUCUGGCAAGUGGCUGAGGAGCGAGAGGAGAACAAACACCUGCAGAAGGAGAACGCGCCCUACGGAGAGUACGGCGGCUGGCACAAGGCUGCCAAGGUAACAUACGUGGACUCCCCCACGGUGACCACGACCCUGAAGAACCUGGGCGCGCUGUACCGGCGCCAGGGCAAGUACGAGGCCGCGGAGACCCUCGAGGACUGCGCGCUGCGCAGCAGGAAGGAGGCUUUGGACAUCGUGAAGCAGUCUCGCGCCCGAAGCGGGCGUCACGGCGGCCGCGAGCCCGAACACCCCGACAACGACGAGGGCGCGAACCAAGCGAGCGAACCACGCAUGAACCUAAAGUCAAAGCUGUUCAAUGCGCUAGGCAUCAACACUGGGAGCAAUGCGCCGCACCAGUAGCCACUAGCCUCGUAGUACACGUAGGAUAUGACGUCACUCGCUUCGCGCACGUGCUCCUCCGCGGUUACCAAUGGCCUGACACCCGGUCUGCACCACACGAACAUUACUAAUCUAGUUGAGAUUACUAAAACGUAGAUUCGUAUUAUAUUAUCGAUAUUAAUUUAGAUUUAAGAUGGCUUUAGAGUCUAGGGUAUCAAACAAUUAUUUUACUGUUCUUCUAAUUAGAUGAUUGUGGUGCAAACUCAGACCAUUGCUAACCGUUAAACCUUGACUAAUUGUCCGCUCACUAAAUGAGGAUCAUGUGCGUUCCACACUUAAUUUUGCCAGCCAUUUUGAAUUUUCUUGACAGGAAUACAUGCUACCUUUUUGAUGGCCUUCCGCCCUAAACGUUAGCUAAGUUUGAAAUAUAGCAUUAUCAGUUCAACAGAAUUCAAAAUGGUCGUGUAGUAGCUUAGUAUUAUUUAUUAGCAUGCGAUAUAAUUUUAGUAAAAAUAAAAAUUUUCUAAAAAAAAAUAUAUAAAAUACAAAUGAUCGUGUGAUAGGAAGCAUGCCAGUGAACCGUCCCGCUAUUGUAUACAAUAAUUGUUUAGAGAUGAAUAUAAAGUAUCAAGACGGUGUUGUGUGCUGUUUUAUAUGGUGACACUAAGUCAUUUGUUGCUAAUAUACAUUUUAUAUAAUCAUGUAUGAAGAUAUUAUAACACCUAAAUAUGUUAAAUACAUAUUUAAUUUAAAUUCAAGGUAAAUAUUAAUAUUCUUAAAAUUUCAUUUAAUUACCUUCAUACAAUGAUUAUGUAAAGUGUAUACAAAUUUUUGAGAAUUUAUAAGCUGAAUUUUGCAUUUAUAAUCAUUGAAAUAUUUAUAAAUAUUAUCACAACAAUUAUUUUUUAUUUUAUUAAUAAUUAAUUUGCGCAUGUUUAAACAACGAUUUUAUUCGCUUACAAUAUCAAUUUUAAUUUACUGAUUGUAAUUUUUUUAUAUCAAUGUAUGUCGUGUUCUUUUUAGGAAAGAAUGCAUGAAUGUGAAUUUUAUUAUUGUGAACAUAAGCCUUACUCAACCUCGGAGUAGCGAGUAUUUAAUUAUAAACUCAUUUUCUAAGUAUUCUUAUCUGUAAGUUAGAGAUUCUAAUGCUUUAAAGAUGUGUUUUUUUACGGUGGAGGUCGUCAUUUAAUUUCCUAAACGUACGUGAAUGUUUUGGGUAUUCAUUUGGUCCCUUGUUAUGAGAGCAAGGUUGAGUAUCGCUAUUUUACCAAUAGUCAUGUUUUAUCAUUUUAUUAUCAUCCGUAAUUUUAUGCUUAACUUUCAUUCCAGUGUUAGUGUAUGUCGAUCUAAGCUUUAUGUGAGAGUAGGUGAUAAAUAUUAUUAUAUACUAUUUUUAUAUA